GGACGCAGCCGUGACAAGAAGAUGCCUGACCGUGACAACACCUAUAAUGGCAGUGGUAGCGAUGAGGCAAGCGCCAACUCCGAUGACAUCUGCCGAGAUUUCCUGCGCAACGUCUGCAAGCGGGGCAAACGUUGCCGUUUCCGCCACCCUGACAUCAAUGAGGUGACCAACUUGGGGGUCAGCAAGAACGAGUUCAUCUUCUGCCACGACUUUCAGAACAAGGAGUGCGUCCGGAUCAACUGCCGCUUCAUCCAUGGAACCAAAGAGGACGAAGACUGUUACAAAAAGACUGGGGAGCUUCCCCCGCGCCUCCGCCAGAAAGUGGCAGCCGGGCUGGGCCUGUCCCCAGCUGACCUCCCCAACAGCAAGGAAGAGGUUCCCAUCUGCCGAGAUUUCCUCAAGGGCGAUUGCCAGCGUGGGGCCAAGUGCAAAUUCCAGCACCUGCAGCGGGAUUAUGAAUACGAUGCCCGGGGCUUGGCUACCCGGGAACAGGGUAUCACCACCCCUGUGCGUCGCUAUGACCCCUAUGACCCAAUGUAUGACUCUGACCGAUGCUAUGAUGACCACGACCCUGUGCUCAAAAGGCGGCGAGUGGAUGGGCUCCACUUUGAAACGUACGAAUACAACUUCACUAGUCCACGCACGGUGGAAUAUCGUCUUCUGGAAGAAGAAAACAUCAUGCUCCGCAAACGAGUAGAGGACCUCAAAAAGCAGGUCAACAACCUCCUGGCCACCAAUGAGGUCCUCUUGGAACAGAACGCCCAAUUUCGCAACCAAGCCAAAGUGAUGAGCCUCAGCUCCACAGCUACAGCCACCGAGCAGACUCUGGCCCCGACCGUGGGCACUGUGACCAACUAUAACCACAGCAUUGCCCAAACUCACACGACUCUGAGCAGCCAAGCCCUGCAGCCACGUCCUGUCUCUCAGCAGGAUUUGGUCGCUCCCGCUGGAGCGCAGGCAGCACCCCCGAGCAAUGCAGCUCCUCCUAUGAACCCCGAAAUCACCCCACUGUCGGCAGCUCUGGCUCAGACCAUUGCCCAGGGGAUGGCUCCCCCUGUCUCUAUGGCCCCCGUAGCUGUAUCGGUAGCACCAGUGGCUGUGUCGAUGGCUCAGCCUCUGGGGGGAAUUACCAUGAGCCACGCCACUACUCCCAUGGUGACCUACCCCAUAGCGUCCCAGAGUAUGAGAAUAACAGCCAUGCCUCACUAGCCCACGUUCAGCGGAAGUGCCAUCGUUCAGUCUACGCUGUGCUGUUCCUAAGUCGAGGAUGGGCCCAAAUCCUCUUGAAAGAUAAGGCAAAGAGAACGAUAUUGAUCCCGGAGGAGGAUCUUGAAGCCUCUGGAAAGCUCACAGGGAAGGACUAUAAACUUGGGUUGGCCUUUUGUCUGAAGGAGGCAUAUGGGCUGUCCCUUCACAAUGAAAACAGCCCAGGCAACACAGAAAAACAAGCAACAAAAGCAUUUGGAAAAUACAGAGGUCUCAGAUGUGUUUUCUCUGUAUCUUAUUUCUGUUUUGCUGUUUGUCUUUUCUCCUUGUAAGUCCUCCAGCUGUGCUUUUGAGUGUAAGAACUGAGCAAAUUUUCCAGCCUGUGGAUUGUAUGUGGCUGAGCAGAGAGAAAAUAACAAUUCCUUCCCUGGUCCUGUACUUGUUCACAGAGUGGAGGACAACUUUCCUUAGCUCAGUCUGACGAAAGGGCAAAGACUUAAUACAAUAGCAGCGCAGCAGACUGAGCCAGCCUGAAUUUUUUGCA